CGUACGCGGGCGGGCCGAACGGUGGUGUUGGCAGCAAGGUGAACGUGUGGAAGACUGCAAGGCAGCGAGGUUUCCCCUUCCCCCCACGCACGAGCCUGCAUCGGACUCCCUAAGCACAACGAAUCUGCACUCAUCACACUCACCGACUCCACGCACGCGCUACGAGGCCAGAACGCGCCGCGUUCCGGAUUCAAGACCACGCGUGCGGAAAUUCACGCACUUCAUCCCUGCCCUACCGGCACACGAGUGUCACAGUCCGAGUCGCGUUGCCUGGACUAGGGAGUGCGUGUUGUGGCCCGGCUCUCCGAUCCACGACGUGGUGAACCACGAAGAGCGGGCCAGACAUGAGUUGGAAGGGCUUUUCGAAAGGCGUGCACCGUGCACCGCAACAAUUCAAGCAGAAGUUCAAUCUCGGUGAAAUCACCAAAGAUGCCGUCUUCAUGGACGCCGAGCGCCGCUUCGCCGAGCUCGAAACCGAGACCAAGAAGCUGCACGACGAAAGUUCGCGGUACUUCAAGUCCAUCAACGACAUGCUAGACCAUCAGAUUGAAUUCGCCAAGGCGGUGGAAGAGAUAUACAAGCCCAUUUCCGGCCGAGCGAGCGAUCCCAACUCCUUCGUCGACGACGUCGGGAAUCCAGAGGGCAUUCGCGCAUGCGAAGAGUACCAGACGCUCGUGCAAGAGUUGAAGGAGAGUUUGGCGCCCGAGCUGGAGCUCAUCCAAACCCGCAUCGUCGCCCCGGCCGAUGAACUCAUGGCGAUCCUGAAAGUUGCGCGCAAAUGGACCGUCAAAAGAGACCACAAGCAACUGGACUACGACAAGGAGAGGAACAAGUUGAAGAAGCUCCAGGACAAGUCGGAUCGCUCGGCAAAGGACGAGAGCGCUCUCUACAAGACCGAGAACGCCUACGAAGACGCCACGCAGCAAUACGAAGAUCUCAACAACCUCCUCAAGCUGGAACUGCCGCAACUGUUCGAAUACGAGCGCGAGUUCAUCCAGCCGCUAUUCCAAUCCUUCUACUACAUGCAGCUCAACGUCUUCUACACCUUGCACGAGAAGAUGCAGGCCAUCGACAUUGGCUACUUCGACUUCACGCGUGACAUCGAGGACGCCUUCCAGGAGAAGCGGGGGGACGUUCAGGCGCAGGUGGAAGCAAUUCCCGUGGUCAAAUUCAAGACGACCGGGCAGCGGCGACCGCCCAGUAAAUUCCAGAGCAAACUCGCGCUGGAAAAUGGGCGGACAAGCUCUCCCACCGGCUCCGUCCCUUCGACCCGGCGAUUAACGGUCGGCUCUCACGACACUCCCCCUCCGUAUUCCCCGAACGGCGACCUCGGCCGAUCGGCCAGCACAGGCAGUAGCAUGGUGGCAGCGGCGAAGGCCAAGCCUCCCCCUCCCAAACCGAAACCGAGUAGACUUUCUGGCGCCCCGGCUGCGGAGACGGUGACGGCGAUCUGGCCGUACGAAGCGCAGGCCGAAGGCGACCUGACCUUCAACACGGGAGACGUCAUUGAGAUUGUGCAGAGGACGGAGAACGUCAACGAGUGGUGGGUUGGACGGAUUGGAACGAGGCAAGGGCAGUUUCCCGGAAACUAUGUCGAGCUGAACUCGUAGCGUGGGUUUCGGCACACGGAUUGAUGGGACUGAGACACCCCGUAUCUGCUUAUAAUGCUGCUCGGUGCGCGUGGCAGCGGGCGAGUUUUGCAAAGCGAUUGGCGUCUAGAGGCUGGAUACGGUGGGAGAGGGGUCGAGUAGACGGUCUCUGGCGUAAUUUCAUAGCGAGCGCAUCCCAGCAACGUAAUUGACACAUCGAAUCGACGAAUUCGUGUGCGCAUCUCAGUCUUGGACAUGCGACCGCGAAGCACUUGUCAAAAGAUCUGCCAGGUCCGCUUCCGCGUCAUUUUACCCGUCUCGGGAAGGAAGGUGGGGUUCUCCAAAGUGAAUUUGAAAUCCAACCACAGUGGCAAAC